AUAAAAGUCACACAAGCCGAAUCCAAAAAUGUAACAAGAAAAACAAAUCUUCACAAGGCAAAAAAUCCAAAAUUGAGUUUUUUUUUUCUUCAUUUUUUACAAUGGUGUCUCGGUUUCGUCUUGCUCUAGAGGCUGUUUUGGGUUCGAGACGACGUAAGAAGAUGGCGAGUACUAGUAGUGGUGGUGGUGGUGGUGGUGAUAAGAAGAAGAAGAAAGGUUUCUCUGUAAACCCUAAAGAUUAUAAACUUAUGGAAGAAGUUGGAUAUGGUGCUAGUGCUGUUGUUCAUCGUGCUAUUUAUCUUCCUACUAAUGAAGUUGUUGCUAUCAAGUCUUUGGAUCUCGAUCGCUGCAAUAGUAAUCUGGAUGAUAUAAGGAGGGAGGCUCAGACUAUGACUUUGAUAGACCAUCCGAAUGUUAUAAAGUCGUUUUGUUCGUUUGCUGUUGAUCAUCAUCUAUGGGUCGUUAUGCCAUUUAUGGCUCAGGGUUCGUGUUUGCAUCUAAUGAAAGCAGCGUAUCCAGAUGGAUUUGAAGAGGCGGCUAUAUGUUCUAUGCUGAAAGAAACACUUAAAGCUCUUGAUUAUCUUCAUAGACAAGGGCAUAUCCAUCGAGAUGUUAAGGCUGGAAACAUACUUCUUGAUGACACUGGCGAGAUUAAGUUAGGUGAUUUUGGUGUCUCUGCAUGUUUGUUUGACAAUGGCGAUAGGCAACGUGCAAGAAAUACAUUUGUUGGUACUCCAUGCUGGAUGGCACCGGAAGUCUUGCAGCCAGGGAGUGGAUACAAUUCAAAGGCUGAUAUAUGGUCUUUUGGAAUAACGGCGCUGGAGUUGGCUCACGGUCAUGCACCUUUCUCAAAAUAUCCCCCUAUGAAGGUACUCUUAAUGACUAUCCAAAAUGCACCACCUGGCCUUGAUUAUGACCGUGAUAAGAAGUUUUCAAAGUCCUUUAAAGAAUUGGUAGCAUUGUGUCUGGUGAAAGAUCAAACAAAAAGGCCAACUGCUGAAAAAUUGUUGAAACACUCAUUUUUCAAGAAUGUGAAGCCUCCAGAGAUCUGUGUAAAAAAAUUAUUUGUCGAUUUACCACCUCUUUGGACUCGCGUAAAAGCUCUUCAGGCCAAGGAUGCUGCACAGCUUGCUUUGAAAGGAAUGGCCUCUGCUGACCAGGAUGCUAUAUCACAGAGUGAAUACCAAAGAGGAGUAAGUGCUUGGAACUUCAAUAUCGAAGAUUUGAAAGAACAAGCAUCUUUGCUAGAUGAUGAUGACAUUCUAACAGAGAGUAGGGAAGAAGAAGAAUCUUUUGGCGAACAGUUGCAUAAUAAGGUGAAUGACAGAGGGCAAGUAUCUGGUAGUCAAUUGCUAUCUGAAAACAUGAAUGGAAAGGAAAAAGCUUCAGAUACUGAGGUGGUAGAACCUAUCUGUGAAGAGAAAUCCACUCUCAAUUCAACCACUUCUUCUGUGGAACAACCGGCAUCAAGUUCAGAACAAGACGUUCCACAGGCCAAGGGUAAGCCAGUGAGACUCCAGACUCAUAGUGGACCACUUUCAUCCGGUGUCGUGUUAAUCAAUUCAGACUCAGAGAAGGUUCAUGGUUAUGAAAGGUCUGAGAGUGAACGGCAACUGAAAUCAUCAGUCCGGAGGGCACCCAGCUUUAGUGGUCCUUUGAAUCUUCCAAAUCGUGCUUCAGCAAACAGUCUUUCAGCUCCUAUCAAAUCUUCUGGAGGAUUUCGUGAUUCUAUAGAUGACAAGUCGAAGGCUAAUGUGGUUCAAAUCAAAGGAAGAUUUUCAGUAACAUCAGAAAACUUGGAUCUUGCAAGGGCAUCCCCUUUGAGAAAAUCUGCCAGUGUUGGGAAUUGGAUACUUGAUUCUAAAAUGCCAACGGGCCAGGCCAUCAAGGAGUCAAGUAGUCAUCUCUCAUUCAUUAUACCUCAGCUUCAAAAUCUGUUCCAGCAAAAUUCAAUGCAGCAGGAUCUUAUUAUGAAUCUAGUGAAUACCUUACAACAAGCUGCUGAAACAACAGAUGGUUCUCAAAAUGGAAAGUUGCCGCCUUUGCCUCGAGGAUCUGACAGCAAUGGAACCGUUGUAGAACUUACAGCAGCUGAGCGAGAGAGGUUACUACUUACCAAGAUAACCGAGCUUCGAGCUAGGAUGAAAGAGUUGACGGAAGAACUUGAAGUAGAAAAAUCAAAACAGACCCAACUGCAGCAGAAAUUGAAAUCAGUCACCGGUCGCGAGCAAUUGUAAUCAGAGACCGGGAACACUGACCUUACUACAGAGAAGCUUUUUAGGAGGAGAGAAAAGUAUGUUUUGUACACUAAGAAAACCAGAGAGCUCUCUGAUCAUGAAAGCAAAAAGGACAGGUUUGGUUCUGUUCUGUAUAAGUGCAGAAGCAGAGUCACCAUCGGCCAUUUGUUUCUGACAGAAGAAGCCGGAAACAAAAACAGAUAGAGAGAGAUAAAUAGAGAAGAAAGCUCUUUGGCCAUGGAAAAUUGUAUUUGUUUAUUUAAUCUAAACACUACAAAACUUUACAUUUUUUAUUAUUGUUAGCAACAAAUAUAGACUCUUCCUUUUUUGUGUGGAUUGUAAAUGAAACAUUAUUUGAUGUAUUUGUUUGCCUCU